AUGUCAGCAAAGAAGAAAGAUCUUUUUUCCUCAGCCAUGAAGAGAACCAGUGAAUGGAUUUCUUCUCAGGAAGUCUCUAGUGAUGUCACCGUUCAUAUAGGAGAAGCUUCAUUUUCACUGCAUAAGUUUCCACUCUCGUCAAAAUGUGGGUUUCUCAAGAAACUUGUGUUGGAAUCAAACAAAGAUUCAGAUUCUACCGUUGUCAAAAUCCCAGAUAUCCCGGGAGGCUCUGAAGCAUUCGAGCUAGCGGCUAAGUUCUGCUAUGGCAUUAACUUCGAUAUGAGCACAGAGAACAUUGCUAUGCUGCGAUGUGCAGCAGAGUAUCUAGAGAUGACAGAGGAACACUCUGUGGAGAAUCUCGUCGUAAGAACCGAAGCUUACUUGAACGAAGUGGCUCUCAAGAGCUUAUCGAGUUCGAUCACAGUCUUGCACAAAUCAGAGGAAUUGUUGCCCAUUGCUGAAAGAGUGAAACUUGUGAGCCGUUGCAUCGAUGCAAUUGCUUAUAUGACUUGCCAAGAGAGCCAGUUUUGCAGCCCUUCUUCUUCGAGUAAUAACAGUAACAAUGAGGUUGUGGUUCAGAGCAAGCAACCUGUGGUUGAUUGGUGGGCUGAAGAUUUGACUGUUCUUAGGAUUGAUUCGUUUCAACGUGUUCUGAUCGCGAUGAUGGCUAGAGGGUUUAAGCAGUAUGGGCUUGGUCCAGUGCUUAUGCUCUAUGCUCAGAAAUCUCUUCGAGGGUUGGAGAUUUUCGCCAAAGGAAUGAAGAAGAUUGAACCGAAACAAGAACACGAGAAAAGAGUGGUUCUUGAAACAAUCGUAAGCCUUCUUCCUCGGGAGAAAAACGCAAUGUCGGUUAGCUUUCUUUCGAUGCUUCUACGCGCAGCAAUAUACCUCGAAACGACGGUUGCUUGUAGGCUUGACUUAGAGAAGAGAAUGGGAUUACAGUUAGGACAAGCUGUGCUCGACGAUCUCUUGAUUCCUUCGUAUUCAUUCACUGGAGAUCACUCAUUGUUUGAUACCGACACUGUUCAACGCAUUCUGAUGAAUUAUCUCGAGUUUGAAGUCGAAGGAGUCCGGUUGAACAACAGUACUGUUGAUCUUGCUGGUGAUAUGGAACGUGUUGGUAAACUGAUGGAGAAUUAUUUGGCCGAGAUUGCUUCUGAUAGAAAUGUAACUCUGCAGAAAUUCAUCGGUUUAGCUGAACUUAUACCUGAACAGUCCAGAGUUACUGAAGAUGGGAUGUAUCGAGCCGUAGACAUCUACCUUAAGGCGCAUCCGAAUAUGAGUGAUGUAGAGAGGAAGAAAGUCUGCAGCUUAAUGGAUUGCCAAAAACUAUCUCGAGAAGCCUGCGCUCAUGCGGCUCAGAACGAUCGUCUUCCUGUUCAGACCAUUGUUCAAGUCCUUUACUACGAGCAACAACGUCUACGAGGCGAAGUCACUAACGAUUCAGAGUCUCCAGCCCCACAAGCACCACCAGCAGCAACAACAGCUGUUCUUCCUCCUAAACUCAGCUCUUACAACGACGAACUCUCCAAGCUUAAACGCGAAAACCAGGACUUAAAACUCGAGCUUCUCAAAAUGAAAAUGAAGCUUAAAGAGUUUGAGAAAGAGAGUGAUAAGAAAUCAUCAACAACAACCAUGAGCAGCAAUCCGAGCUCACCGAUCUCAACUGCUUCCAUGGAUAAACCUCCAUUGCCGAAAAAGUCAUUCAUAAACUCUGUUUCAAGAAAACUCGGAAAGCUAAACCCUUUUGGCAUACCACCAUAUAACGCUAGAGGAAGAACCAAACCACCAAAAGAUCGAAGACACUCUAUUUCUUGA